UUUGUGCACAAGGGGAGAUAAUUUGUACACAAUGGAAGGCAUUGAGAAGGCGGUUCCUUCCGUGGAACUUACAGAAAAACUCCAGCGUCUUUUCAAAGAAGCUGAGAAAAGUAUAAAAUUAGACGAAAAAACAAAAAAAGAACUAAAAUAUUAUUUACACGCGAAAACUGGCGCUCCUGUCUCUUUUCGAGUUAUCCGCAGUGUCCUUUCUGCAUUGAAUGAUGAGGGAAAAAAUAUCUAUCUUCAUGAGAUGCUUGCUGACAGUGAUCUUGUUUUACCAGGUGUUAAGCUUCCGCCCAGAGAUCCAGAACUUGAAGCAAGAAUUCAAAGACUGAAAGCACUGGAAGCUAACCGUGAAUAUCAAAGAAUGACACAAAAUGUUGAUGUCAGUAGACAUGAAGAAAUAACCUUCAGGGAGGAUGUUAAAAGUAUGAACCGGCAGCUGAUUGCAGUUUUCAACUUCUUGGUUACUGUGGGAGGAGCCUUUGCCUUUGGAUACAAAGGUGUUGAAGUUGCAUUUGGCAGCAAGAUGUUUCCUUUGCAAAUGAUGUGUGGUCUUCUCCUUGGAACUGUGGUGUUCUUUGCGGACCUCUACUUUCUUAUCAAGUUUAACCCUGUGUAGCAGGCAGAGAGUUCCACAGCAGUGCAUUUCUACUAUGUGCAUAGUUCUGAAAAUAGAUGUGCUGAAGUGUGCUCAUCAAAGAAAAUUCCAGGCAGGAAAUGGGCUAAAAGACGAGCAAAUUUUUCACCUGGAGCAAUUUAAUCUGUUGCAUAUGUACUUAGAUUUAAGAACAAAAUUUUGUGUAGAUGAUAUUUGCAGCAUAAGUUCUACCAGAGAACAAACCAAGACAGAGGUGAUGAAGAUGCUUAAAAAUAAAAGGAAAAAAAAGUGAUUGCACUCAGAGAUCUGAUCCUUGCAGAUAAAAAGACGAGAAAUCAUUCCAUUGUUCAAGAACUUAGAGUUAAUGUUUUUGAAAAUAUUUAAACAAUGCAUUAACCCUUUCUUGCUUCAGAUUAUUAUACUUAAUCACAAUAACCUCUCAUAAUCAUUUAAAAAUAAGUUAAAUUACCAUUUACAAUGUACUGUGUGCAUGUGUCUGAAAUAAAAGUAACCCAUGCUUAUAGUAAGCAAGGUAAACAAAAUGUACCCUCAGUGUGCAUCAGGGGUGGGGAUUGUCUGCAAAAUUAUUUUAUAUGGCCAAGCCAGGCAACUGCAGGCAAGACUUGAAGUUCAGCAAAUCAUACAAUGUAAAUUCAUUAAACAUAAACCAUAAUAAUAAUGUAAAUUUUGAGGGAUAAGCAAAGAAUGUCCACUAUGGGAUGGACAGGAUGCAUACGAAUAUAUGAUGGGACAGACAUGUUUCAUGUGAGCUGCCUGCAGCCUACUUGGAUAACUUUGCAGAAUUAUAUGUGCAUGUGACCUUCACCCCAAGAUGAUGGUAGACUACUUCCAGUUUGAUGUCAGGUUCUUAUUGUAUGUAGUGUUUUUCGACUGUGUUGGUUCUUACAAUUAACAAAUGAUUGUCUACAUGGCGGUGUACCUCAGUGUAUAUAAUAUGCAGUUGAAAAAGAUAUCACUUGCAAAAAUU